AUGCGGCCCGCCCGGACUGCGCUCUGGCUGCGCCUAGUCGUGGCCCUGGGCCUGGCCCUCGUUGGCCCCCUGCCUGUGGGGUGGUCCUCGGUCCGGGCCCCCAUCUAUGUCAGCAGCUGGGCCGUGCGGGUGUCCCAGGGCUACCAGGAGGCCGAGCGCCUGGCGCGCAAAUUCGGCUUCGUCAACUUGGGGCAGAUCUUUCCUGACGGGCAGUACUACCACCUGCGACACCGGGGCGUGGUCCAGCAGUCCCUGACCCCACACUGGGGCCAUCGCCUGCGCCUAAAGAAAGACCCCAAGUGGUUUGAGCAGCAGACGCUCCAGCGGCGGGUGAAGCGCUCGGUGGUGGUACCCACAGACCCCUGGUUCCCCAAGCAGUGGUACAUGAACAACAAGGUGCAGCCGGACCUGAACAUCAUGCAGGUCUGGAGCCAGGGGCUGUCGGGCCAGGGCGUUGUGGUCUCUGUCCUGGACGACGGCAUCGAGAAGGACCACCCAGACCUCUGGGCCAACUACGACCCCCUGGCCAGCUACGACUUCAACGACUAUGACCCAGACCCCCAGCCGCGAUACACUCCCAGUGACGAGAACCGGCAUGGGACCCGCUGUGCCGGGGAAGUGGCGGCAAUAGCGAACAACGGGUUCUGCGGCACAGGUGUCGCCUACAAUGCCCGCAUUGGAGGCGUGCGCAUGCUGGACGGCGCCGUCACGGACGUCACUGAGGCCCAGUCGCUGAGCCUGCAGCCUCAGCACAUCCACAUCUACAGCGCGAGCUGGGGCCCCGAGGACGACGGCCGCACGGUGGACGGCCCGGGCAUCCUCACCCGUGAGGCCUUCAGGCGCGGCGUGACCGAGGGCCGUGGUGGGCUGGGCACGCUCUUCGUCUGGGCGUCGGGCAACGGCGGCCUGCACUAUGACAACUGCAACUGUGACGGCUACACCAACAGCAUCCACACGCUCUCGGUGGGCAGCACCACCCGGCAGGGCCGCGUGCCCUGGUACAGCGAGGCCUGCGCCUCCACGCUCACCACCACCUACAGCAGCGGCGUGGCCGCUGACCCGCAGAUCGUCACCACAGACCUGCACCACCAGUGCACGGACAAACACACGGGCACCUCGGCCUCGGCCCCUCUGGCUGCAGGCAUGAUCGCCCUGGCUCUGGAGGCCAACCCAUUCUUGACGUGGAGGGACAUGCAGCACCUGGUGGUCCGCGCGUCCAGGCCGGCGCAACUCCAGGCUGAGGACUGGAGGACCAACGGUGUGGGGCGCCAAGUGAGCCACCACUACGGCUACGGGCUGCUGGACGCCAGGCUGCUGGUGGACAUGGCUCGGACGUGGCUGCCCACACAGCCCCAGCAGAGAUGCGCCGUCCAGAUCGUGCACACCCCCACCAGGCCCGCAGGAGGGGCCCUCACCCCCCACGCCGCCCCUAGCCCCAUCCUGCCGCUGAUGCAAGUGCGGAAGAAUGUGUCGGCCUGCGCCGGCCGUGCCAACCACAUCCGCUCCCUGGAGCACGUGCAGGUGCGGCUGUCACUGUCCUACAGCCGCCGGGGGGACCUAGAGAUCUCACUCACCAGCCCCAUGGGCACCCGCUCCACGCUCGUGGCCAUCAGACCCUUGGAUGUCAGUGGCCAAGGCUACAACAACUGGAUCUUCAUGUCUACCCACUUCUGGGACGAGGACCCCCAGGGCUUGUGGACUCUGGGCCUGGAGAACAAGGGUUCCUACUUUAAUACGGGGAUGCUGUACCGCUACACGCUGCUGCUCUACGGGACGGCCGAGGACAUGACGGCGCGGCCCCCGGGCCCCCAGGUGACCAGCAGCGCGUGUGUGCAGCGGGACACAGAGGGGCUGUGCCAGGAAUGCCACAGCCCCGCCUACAUCCUGGGCCACCUCUGCCUCGCCUACUGCCCUUCGAGCUGCCGCGGCGGCUCCCCGCUCAACUGCACCGCCCGCCCCCCGUCGUACGCGCCGGACGAGCACCGGGGCUCCUGCUCGGGACCUGUCCCUCCCAACAGCCCCCCCCCAGCCCACCGCAGUGGCCCACCCCAGCUGCCACCGUGGCCGAGCCCAGGCCGCGGUCCUGGCCUUGCUGGCCGUGGCCGUCGGGAGCCCCUUCCUCUGCAGUGUCCUCUCUGUAGGCUGCCUGCUGCCGUGUGGGGGCCUCGCCAGUGCUGGGGGCAGCCCGGGUCCGGCUGCUGGCGGGCACCUAGAGACAUCUGACUAGGGGGCAGACGUGCCUGGGCAGGCACCGCUGUCCUGCUCCCUGGCUUCCGACUGGAACCCGGGCUGGGGAUGCGGGAACCUGCCCUGAGAGGGCCCUGGCUGAUCACGGAGGCCCGCAGGCCAGGGGUGGCCUACACGGAAUCCUAGACCCGAAAUGGGCAGGGCCAGGUGAAAGAGAGAGAAAAGUCUAGUUACACAGUUGGGGUGGGGGUGGGGAGGGAUGGCGCAGAGGUCGGGCUGUGACAAUCAUCCCUUCCCAGCCCCAGAAAUGGGUGGGAGGGCAAGGGGAACAAAUGACACCGUCCAGAGUCUCAGGCACCUCGUCCGACCUCAGAGUUUGCAAAUAAAGGUUGAAUAGGA